UUGACCAAGCUUCAUUAAAAUAAAAAAAUGGCAGCCUCCAUGGUCCAAUAUGUCGUUGUAAGAGGCGACCUUUUACAUGCUUUGAAAUGGCCGACAGGUGCUGUUAUCGCGCAGGCAUGCCAUGCUUGUACUGCUGUGAUACAUCUUUUCAAGGAGGAUGAAAAUGUUGUAAAAUAUACAUCAGAUCUGGACAACAUGCACAAAGUUGUUCUUGAGGCAAAGAAUGAAGCGGAUGUUAGGACUUUAUCAGAGAAGUUGAAAGAAAAUAACAUUGAUCACAAACUGUGGAUUGAACAACCCGAGGAUUAUGCCACCUGCCUUGCAGUGAAACCGUAUCCAAAGGAGGAGGUCCAGAAGUUUUUCAAGAAAUUUAAGCUCUUUAAAUGAUAUCAACUGGCUUGUGUAUAAAAUCUACCAUGGACUUCUGCUAUUAAAAGGACUACUGACAGUGACAGGGAUGAAAGUUUUCAAGCUUUUGUAUGUCCACGUUCAGGCCCCGUAACACCUCAGCCUCAAGGCUUUGUCAAGCAUUGUAUUGUAUAGAAAAUAUGGGGUUCCAAUGGUGACCCGACAUUUGCUUCAGUGGCAUUUUCUCUCGGCCUCAUCUCAUUAAAGAUGUAGGUUUUACUUCAGUUACAUCAGUUACAAUUAAGGUUAGGGAUUGUGGUUCAGGGCUAAAGUUAGGAAUUUGUCCGUGGAGUAAUUGGAGAUGAAGAGUUGAUCUCUAAGCAUACAUGUAGAUGUGCUUCACAUCAUUGUACACUGUCCCUCUCUCAGUUUAGAAUUCCUGCUUGUGCAAUUCUACAAGCAUCAUUGAAUCAAUGAUCCACAAUGAUUUACUGUGUCUGGUUCUAACUCCUAAAAGGAUGCUGCUUAGAUGAAUGGGAAAUACACCAUUGAGUCAGGAGAAACUUUAUUUCAAGUAAUAUUUUCUUAAGCAUUCAUCGAAGGCUACAAGACUAGACAGUAGUUUAAAAGUCAUUGUUAUGUGCUAAAACAUGCAUUUUGUUUGAUAUUGCCUGUUGUACAUAUACUUUGAAUUGAUUUUGAAUCAUGUGCUGUCAUUUAAAUGUUCAUUUUAGUAGGUUAUUUAAUGACAGUCUGCCCAAAAUAGGGUACAUUUUGAAGGGGGGGAAGUAAAAGAAAACAUAAAUGAAUCAGUGAAUGAUCUAAAUCAUUUGUUAAAGUUAAGAGUACAAAAUUUGUGAAUUUUUCAAAGUUUGUAAAGAUCGUUUCUCAAAUUGAUAACUCUUUGACACCUUCUAAACAAUUCUCAUUAAUUCCAUUUUUUUCAGAAAACCCAUCUUGGGCUCCUGAACUACAUGUACUCAUUGAUCCGUUGGAAAUAUGUUCUAAAAAUGUCAUGAAAUGAAUAUAUAUCUACUUUCUUAUCAAAUUCAUAAAUUGGAAUACCUUUGUCAAUUUUAUGUUCAAUGCAAAAGUGGGUAGCUGUAAAGGGAAUUGAUCAACUUGUGUAGUGAAGGUCAUAACUUUUUUAAAAAUACAUGAAAAUCAUUCUUAUCCUAGAUCAAGCUUUUCUCAAAUUCGACUGACCCAUUUUUCUGUUGUUUUAUUUGGUUUUGUUCUGCAUUCAUUUUGAAUUUAUUUAUGAUCUGGAUUAACUCAUGAGGGACUUAGUGUAUAAAUAAUACCACAUGCAAAUUGUAAAAGAAAAUAUCUACACUGUAUUUCAUUUGUAAAUUAUGAGGAAAUAAAGAAAAAAAUCAAUA